AUGUCAGGACUCGCAGGAUCGAACGACAAGGAGAGGCUCGACAACCUGGUCACCAAGACCCACAAGGAGCAGGCCGUCUUCUUCCUCAAUGCCUUUUGGGAGGAGUUUGCGUCGCAGGAGGCGGAGAAGAUGUGGUCGUUCGUGCACAAGGCCAUCGAGCUCGACGAGGCCAAGCGCGCCGAGGGCUCCGACCUCGACGAGUUCCAGGCCCACCGGUUCCUCGAACACUUCAAGGAGACCCUCACCGUCCAGGCCAUGAGGGACCGGCUGCGGUCGACGGGCGCCAUCGUGGGCACGGUGAAGCGCGUGCCGCUCACGCACAUCCUCACCUUCAAGUACAACGCCGACUGGCACAAGCUCGUCAACGCGCCCCAGGGGUCGAAGGAGGAGAUUGAGAAGGCCGAGCGGAUCUUCAACGAGGUGUCGGCGGCGUUCGCGGCUUCCGAGGCGCGCGAUCGCGAGGCGUCGGAGGCGCUGCGCGCGGCGACGGCGCAGGAAGCCGAGGCCAAGCGGCGCGAGGCCGAAGCCACCCGGGCCGCCGACGAGGCCAAGACUCGCGAGGCCGAGGCCAAGCGCACCGAAGCCGAGGCCAAGACCCGCGACGCCGAGGCCACGGCGCGCAAUGCCGAGCUGCAGGCGGCCAAGGCCGAGCUCGAGGCGGCGCUCAACGAGCUCAAGGCGCAGGAGGACGCCUUCAACGGGCGCACGGCCGAGCUCACGCGGCAGUCCGAGGAGGGCAGCGUGGUGCAGAAGAACCGGGCCAAGAACGAGCUCGCCCAGCACCUGUCGUCGGAUCCGCUGCCGCUGCGUCGGGCCAAGAUCACGCAGGAGGCCGCCGUAAAGAAGGCCGACCGCGCGGCGCAGGUGGCCGAGCAGGCGGCGCAACAGGCGUCGGCGGCGCGCGCCGAGGCCGAGCAGGCCGCCCAGCAGGCCUCGCAGGCGCGGGCGGCGGCCGAGGAGGCGGCGCGGCAGGCGACGCAGGCGCGGACGAGCGCGGAGGCGGCGCGGGCGCGGUCGGAGGAGGCCAAGGCGGCGGCUGAGGCGGCGCUCGAGGAGGCCAAGGCGCGGCUCGAGGAGGCCGAGGCCUAUCUCGAGGAGGCCAAGAAGCGGCUGCCGCUCGGUGCCACGUGGUGGCUGGAGCGCGAGCUGCACGAGCGUCGGGCUUACCUGCCCGCCAGCAAGGGCGGUUACAAGAAGCCCUCCAACUAA